UACAUGUCACACACUAGCACUGUACAUUUACAUUGUAUAUUUUCUUAUUGAACUAAUGGAGAAAACAUGUCUGCUUGGAAUGCUGUCUCGACGACUCCACGGAACAAAAUUUCACUUUGUGGCAUCACCGGUGUUUUAUGGAAUGUAGUUCAAGUUACUGUGAAGGAAACGAAGUCCUAAUUCAUCUACACCGUCGUUUUGGCGCGGUAAUUUCUUGGGAAACAAGAGGUACACUGACGUGUUUUCAAGAUUGGACCAUUCAUGCUCCUAAGUCCUAGCACUGUGUUCUUUCUUCAUGGGAACAUCGUAAUGCGCCAAUGGAGUGGGACAUGCCUUGGACAUCUCUUCAGGCCUGUGAUUUAUUACUGUGGCUUUUAUCUUGAAAACUCGCUGCAUCUGUGAAUGUGACAAUGGCACCCAGGAGUCUUCAUAAAAUCUAACUGCAGACGGUGGCCCACCAGUGACCCAUGAAGAGGUAUAUCUCUUGUCUGCACUCAGCGGGGUUGAUAUGCAACGCCUUCUGCCUGGCAUCAUGAAGAAAGCCAGGGGGCCCAAGUUAAAACUCCGCUACCAGCGCUACUACAUCAUUCUAUUCUCCAUAAUCCUGUUUGGGCUGGUCACGACCGGUCUGCUCCAGUUUUGGCCGCACUUCAUCAUGGAGAGCGAGGUGGAACACCGGAGCAGCUACGUCAUUCCGGACCUCUCCAAUCUCCCAGAUGUCCGGAUCUCAAGAAAUAUACCACUGCCGGAAAAGGGAGACCUGAAAUGCCGCUACUACAACUGCUUUGACGUUUACCGGUGCGGUUACAACCUGAACCGCAUCGGUGUGUACAUUUAUCCUUUACUGAAAUACGUGGACGAGGACGGGACGAGGAUUGCGAACACGAUAUCCAAAGAGUUUUACGAGAUUCUCGUGACGAUUGCAGAGAGUCCGUUUUUCACGGCGGACCCAGAGAAAGCUUGUUUGUUUGUGCCUGCUAUUGACUUAUUAAAUCAAGACGCCUUCAGAGUCAAGGAGAUGGGACAGGUUCUUGCUCAACUCCCCAAGUGGCAUGGAGGCACCAACCAUCUCUUAUUCAACAUGCUGCCGGGAUCGCCACCCGACUUCAACACUGCCCUCGAUGUCCGGCGAGGGAAAUCUCUUCUAGCUGGGGGCGGGUUCUCAACCUGGACCUACCGCCCUAGCUUUGAUGUCAGUAUUCCUGUCUAUAAUUCAGAUGUAGCAAAAGUUUAUUUAUCUGCCAAACCAGAAGGCUAUGUGAAACCUUUUUUAGCUAUAUCAGCACAAGCUGGAAUUCACUUAGAUUUUAGAGACGAGCUGAACGCGAUCUCAGCAGAUCAUGAAGACUUUCUAGUGCUGGACAAAUGCCCAGAUAUUUCUGCAUCGUCCAAAAUGUGCAAGGACGUAACACAGUACCGGUACAGCUAUCCACACGUACUGCAGGAAGCCACGUUUUGUAUCGUCCUUCGCCGAGCUCGUCUAGGUCAGGCUGCCCUCAGCGAUGCCCUACAGGCUGGCUGUAUUCCUGUCAUCAUGAGUGAUACCUACAUCUUGCCAUUCUCUGAAGUACUCGACUGGCAAAGAGCUGCCCUAAUUGUCGAAGAGGCUUUACUUCCCAACUUACCGUCCAUUCUUAAAAAGAUCUCCCCAUCUCAGAUCAAGGAGAUGCAGAGACAAGUGCAUUUCUAUUGGCAACAGUACUUCAAAUCCAUCAAGGAUAUCACCUUGACGACACUACAGAUCAUUAAUGACAGAAUGUAUCCUUAUACCGCUAAGGAUUACACCUACUGGAAUGAACCCAGACCACGGGUUGGCGUCAUCAGUCCGUUGUUUUUGCCGCUGAUCCCGCCCAAAUCGGAAGGCUUCACUGCCGUAGUGCUGACGUACGAUCGUGAGGAGAGUUUGUUUGAAGUCAUCCGUCGUAUCUCACAGACGCCAAGUCUCUCCAAGGUCCUGGUUGUCUGGAACAACCAGGAGAAAUCACCGCCUGCAGUUGAGAAGUGGCCCAAGAUCAACAAGCCACUUAAAGUCGUACAGACCAAAGAGAACAAGCUGAGUAAUCGGUUCUACCCUUACGACGAGAUUGAGACAGAGUGUGUCUUGGCUAUCGACGACGAUAUCCUGAUGCUGACACCGGAUGAACUGGAAUUUGGCUACGAGGUAUGGAGGGAGUUUCCAGACCGUUUGAUAGGCUAUCCUGCCAGACUUCAUCUAUGGGACGAGACUUUACUCAAAUGGAAAUACGAGUCGGAGUGGACUAACGACAUCUCUAUUGUGCUCACCGGAGCAGCAUUCUACCAUAAGUAUUUCAGCUUUCUGUACACCCACAAGAUGUCGCCCCACAUCAAGUCUUGGGUGGACGACCACAUGAACUGCGAGGACCUGGCCAUGAACUUCCUCAUCGCCAACGCCACGGGCAAACCGCCGAUGAAAGUCACUCCUCGCAAGAAGUUCAAGUGUCCCGAGUGUUCCAACAUCAUCUCGGCCGACCUGACGCACAUGGUGGAGCGGUCGGAGUGCGUGUCGGAGUUCGCUAAGGUCUACGGGAUGGUGCCGCUCAAGACGGUUCAAUUCCGCGCCGAUCCGGUGCUUUACAAGGACGAUAUACCGGAAGAACUGAAGCGAUUCCCGAAUAUAGGAAGCUUAUAGCACCUGCUUCAAGGUAUAGGUAUUUAUAACUUGAUAAUUCCCAUAGAUGUGUACUGUUUUAUUCAAAAAGUCGUCUUGUCAACAAACAUUUUUCUUCAAUUUGCAAGACUGUUUGUUGGAAAUCUUCUCUUUUUUCAAAAUACGGGCAUGUCAAAAGAGACAAUACAUACUUUUUUUGUGAAACUCAAGACGCCCAUCCCUUUGUGGAAAUAUGGACAAAUUAUGCAUAUGUGCUAACCAAAAAAUUGUGAUAUUUGAGUUUUUUUUGUUUUAAUUACUAUGCAAUUGUACCGCUUUGCUUGUGAAGCAAAGCUUUUGCAGUUUGGGGAGUUUUUGAGGCAUCCAAUGUCACCAUUUAAGAAAUUUGUUCAAAAUUCUUUCAAAACUUUUUUAGCUAAUUAAAGACCUGUAUUUACGUUUAAUACUUUUGAUCGAGUAACUUCACAAGUGAAGUACAAAAUACGCCAAUCUAUGAUUGGUUCGAUUGGACAGUCAAUAAUUGGACAUAAUUUGUCUUUCUUCAAAUCACAACAAAUGGAUUCCAAGGCAGUACUUAAGCUAAAUGCAAAUGGAACUUCUUUAAUUUCAUGUGUUUUUUCCCCCUGAAAAUCAAAAGAAUCCUAAAAACUAACCUUGUCGAAUUUCAGCAGACUUGACAACAUUCUUUCAAGAAAACAUUGGAACCUAUGCACAUGAAACCCUUUCGUUAAAACAGCUUUACAAUUCAAGCUUAUCCGCUUAU